CCACUUGAAUGACGUAAUGACGCAAUGUUAGUGUACUUCUUCCUUCAGUGGUGUGUGAAUUAGCAUGUGCGUGAGGGAAGAUUCAGCCUAGUUUAAAAUAAUAACCAGUGUUAACCAAGAUUUGAUUUGAUCACACUGUUUCAGCGGCACCAUGAGCACGCUAUGGAUGGGCAACCUGGAGGCCUACAUGGACGAGAAGUUUGUCAUCAGAGCGUUCUCCACCAUGGGGGAGACGGUGGUUAACGUGCGGAUCAUACGGAACAAGAUGACAGGUGUGUCAUCACCCAGGGGGGCUCUGGGGUACUGCUUCGUGGAGAUGACGGACGAGGCCACGGCCGAGAGGUGUCUACGAAAAAUCAACGGGAAAUCCUUACCAGGAGCAAACCCGCCAACACGCUUCAAGUUAAACAGAGCCACGUUUGGAAAACAGGAGAGCGGUCAGAUGUACUCUCUGUUCGUCGGAGAUCUGACUCCAGAGGUGGACGAUGGGAUGCUCUAUGAGUUUUUCUACAAUCGUUAUCCUUCCUGUCGAGGAGGCAAAGUGGUGCUGGACAGCAUGGGCAACUCCAAGGGCUGUGGGUUUGUUCAGUUUCCAGAUGAGCGUCUGCAAAAGCGAGCGUUGGAGGAGUGUCAGGGUGCUGUGGGACUGGGGAGUAAACCUCUGAGACUCAGUCUGGCUGCCAACAAUUUAAGGAACCGUCAGCAGCAGCAGUCUGAAAACAGAUCGUGGCAGUCCAACUCUUCUCAUCAAUAUAACUACGACCAGUACAACCAGUACAACCAGUACAAUCAGCAGGCCUACCCUGGCUACUACAACUCCUGGGGCUAUGACCAGAACGGAGGAGGAUACGGCUACAACUACCAGCCGUACGACUACACUCAGUACCCCCCUCCUCAGGAAGCUGAGGCUGAAGCUGAAGCUGUGCAGGAUGAUGGACUUGAAGACCCCAGCCCGGAGCUGGACGUGGUGGAAGCCAACAGGAAGUUCAUGGAGCUCAGUGAGGAACUGUAUGAUGCUAUGAUAGACUGUCACUGGCAGCCUGCUGAGUUCUCUGCAGAACAGGACUUUAUGACAUCCAGCCUGCCAGAACCCCUCUACUGCUGAGACUGAGCUCUUUACCUUUCACUUCCACAGAGUGCUCAUGCUCCUGUCUCCUGGAUUAAUGGCCAGAUGGAUUAUUUUUUUAUGGACACAUUGGAACAUCUUUAAGAGUGUAUAAAGUUUGUACAAUGAAUUGAAUAUGAAUAGUCUUCAAUAACAAGAAAAUGUUUAUGCUUUUUUCUUUUUUUUUUUCAAACUUGCUGGAUGCAACAGAUAAAAAGAAUGAGAAGUUUUCCUUCACAGCCUGGCUCCCUCUCUCUGUUCGUUUCUCCAAAGAGUUUGAUCAAAAACUCAAACCAAAAAGCCUCUGAACCAAUCAGAGCUUAACAAGUAGAAAGAUGCUCAGCUAAUAGCUAGUUCCAACAUCCAGUGCAAAAGAAGAUCAACCUGAAUCAGGGCAGAUCCGUCUGAACAUGAGGGUCUGUUCAGAGUUAUGAUCUCUGAUUGUCACUUCCUGAAUGUUCUAAGUGGGUUUAAAAACUCAGAGCACUGUGUGUGCUGAAGAUGAGACUUUGUUCAUGUAGUGAUCAUGUUCUCAGCCUCUUGUUUUGUGUGUUGAAUGGGCAUAAACAUUCAAUUUAGGCUGAGCUUGUUAGGUCUCUGACAGACGUGUUUGAAGUCAUAAUGAGCUCCAGAAAACGCUAUAACACAGAAAUAAAUCAUUUAGCUAGUUAUGUGCUUCACCACAGAGACUAUGGAUCAAAUCAAUAUCAUCACAAAGGGUUUGACAUUAAAUGCUGAGUUUGCCUCAAACAUAAAAAAACAACAUUGCUCAUGUUGAAAAUAUCAGUCCCAGGGUGACGCUGAUGGGAAUAUAAUAUAAACAUCUACUAGUGAUGGGGGGAUGGAGCCUAAUAAAGUGCUUUCUUCCUGUCUGCCAAUUAAAAUUCAAAGCUUUGAAGCUUCAAACUCAGCAGGCACAGUGACAUUGGCGUGUAACACUCAAAGCGGCACUCUCAAUGAUGGUCUGAAGCACGGAUAUACCUCUGUGUUACCCAUUGUGUCAAUCUAAGACACUGCCCUGCAUUGUGAAAUCAAACUGUCCGUAUAUCUGUCUACCCCUGUUCAGAUGUAAGCUUGCUGCUUUGAAAAUACUUUAGUGUGAGUGUGUGGAAAAUAAAUGAGAAACUAUGUGGUCAUUAA